GUAAGAUUAAAGGAAGAGAACAGCUUCUUACUCCUAACAGGAGAAUUUUCUCAAAAAGUAAAGGGAAGAGAGUUUUGAAGAAAGUGAGGUGCGCCCAGCACAAAUCCGUCCGAUCUAAAUCCAUUUGUCCCCGUUAGGUUCGGCCACUCGGAUCUUUGCGGCGCUGCAAUUGGAGGUGCUCUGAACUGCGCCAUCGGUUUCGUAAUUGAUUUUUGGGCUUACGGUACCAAAGUUCCGGCGGAGAUGUACAACGGAAUCGGGUUACAGACAGCUCGGGGCUCCGGGACCAACGGUUACGUCCAAACCAAUAAAUUUUUCGUGAGACCGAAGACCAAUAAGGUUGUCGUGGAUGCCGGAGGUAAAGGAUUUGGGGAGAAUCAGGGAACCGCCGGCCUGACCCGCAAACCUAACAAAGAGAUCCUGGAGCACGACCGCAAACGUCAGAUCCAGCUUAAGCUCAUCGUCCUGGAGGAGACGCUCUCCGAGCAGGGCUACACGGAGGCUGAGAUCGCUGAAAGAUUGGAGCAGACUCGACAAACUUUAGAGGUGUUUGACGCUGAGUCUGAAGCUGCUGCUGGUUCCUCUGACAAGGUCUCUGAAACACAAACCCAUCAAAUUGCUGCUCGGAAGGAAAUACAAAUGGAGAAAUUAAAGGACGCACUUAAGAUCGGGUAUGAAAAUAGAAAGAAACAGGUUGAACUUCAGGAGAAACCAAAGGACGCACUUAAGAGACAAGCAAGGAAACACAAAAUAGAUGAUGCUGAUGAUGAUGUGAAACAGAAGCAUGAAAGUGUUGCAGACCAUGGAAGGCUUGGGAAGGAGCAUGGAGAGGAGAUCGAUGUCAGACGCCGUGAGAGGGAUAGAGAUUAUAGUUCUUCAAAGAGAGGAAGAUGUGAUGAUUCACGCUCUACAGGAAGAAGAAGAUAUGAUGAUGACAUAUAUUAUGAUGGGGGGUCAAAGCAUUGAACAUACAAUGCAUCUCAUAUCAGAUGCCUCAAAAAAUUAGCCAGUGGUAUCAUCUAAUUCAUUUCUUUCAAGUUUCAAUUUCUAAUGUUGGAUAUAUAGUAGCCUUUGUGUUGAAAUCUUAGUUGCUAUAUUUCGAUUACUAAGAUACACACAUACUUUAUUUUUUAGUUUGAUCAAUUUCCAUUUUUGGAAAGGCACAAGAGUUUAUUGAUUUAAAAGUUCUUUGGUUGCACCAUAUCUAGUUUGAGCAGGAGAAUAGAACAUCUUUUCUCGUGAACUUUGAUUGAAGACCCAUAAUCUGGGAAUUAUAGUUGGUGAUUUGAUUAAUUUGAAAUGAUUUUUAAACCAAUGGUUAA